UUUGAAGAUUUUUUCAAAUUAGCCAAUUUUUUCUAUACCUCCACUGGCAUGGUUUUUGUGAAAACGGAAAAGCUCACCUUGUUUAAAACUCUAUUGGCUUCGUUUAUUUUUUACGCCAGCAUUAUAAAUAUGAAUUAUGUUUUAUGUCUGGAAGUUGUUUAUGUGAUUUUAGCCAUUGUGAAUAAAACUAAAUUCCUAGAAGCCACCAUGACUCUAUCGUAUAUUGGUUUUGUGGUAGUGGGUAAUUUUAAAAUGUUAUUUGUUUGGCGUAAGAAAGCGGAGUUAACCAAACUGCUAAAUAACUUAAAGUACAUAUUCCCCGAGGACACGCAACAGCAAAAGAAUUACAAUCUACACUACUAUUUGUCUCAGUGUACUCGCAUUACUAUAGGAUUUUCGCUCAUCUAUAUGAUUGCCAUUUGGACUUAUAAUCUCUUUACGGUUACACAAUUUCUUAUCUAUGAAAAAUGGUUGCAAAUACGCCAAAUUGAAAAGAUUUUACCUUAUUUUAUGUAUACUCCUUGGGAUUGGUCAGAUCAUUGGUCUUACUAUGUUUUAUAUGUGUCACAAGAUUUUGCUGGUUAUACUUCAGCCGCCGGCCAAAUAUCGGGAGAUUUAUUAUUGAGUAGUUGUGCCACUCAAAUGAUAAUGCAUUAUGAUUUUCUAACCAGAACUAUAGAGGAGUAUAAACCCAAGUUAUUGGAAAAAGGAGUGAAAAGGGAAACUGCCUUCAAACAGGACAUGGAAUUUUUAAUUAAUAUGAUACAAUAUCAUUCCUAUUUGUUGGAUUUAUCCUACCAAAUGAACAAUAUUUUUGGUCUGCCCAUUUUACUUAACUUUAUUGCUUCAUCUUUUGUGAUUUGCUUUCUGGGCUUUCAAAUGACUAUCGGUGCCACGCCGGAGACUUUGUUGAAACUGAGUCUAUUUUUGGCCAUUUCUAUAGCUCAAAUUUAUCUUAUAUGUUAUUAUGGUCAAGAGCUAAUUGAUUCGAGUGUCAAAGUGGCCAAAGCUGUUUAUAAUCAGAACUGGCCCACUGCUGAUGUACGUUAUCAGAAAAUGUUAGUUUUAAUUACUGCGCGAGCUCAAAAACCAGCCCAGCUGAAGGCUACCGAUAUGGUUUUAAUAUCAAGAGAAACCAUGACACAGCUCAUCCAGAUAUCUUAUAAAUUUUUCACUCUACUAAGGACUAUGUAUGUAAAAAAAUAA